AUGAGAAAAUAAUUAAAGGUCCUUAAGGAACUCAAAGGAGGUAUUAUAUAUACAAUCUUAAGAUUUAAGUCUUAUUGAAACAGAACAAUAUGAAAAGCUAAUAUCAUGCAUUGACAAAAUACUAGAGAGUAAUAAAACUGAUGGGGUAUUAUACUAUUAAAAAGGUAUUAAUUUUUUAAGCUAUUAUUGAAGGAGUGAUAUUCUUUUAAAAAGAUGAUUAUCAAAAUGCAAUAGAGUAUUUUACAAAAGCAUUAAAUUAUGAUGUUGGAAACAACACAAUAAUAUAAAAUUUAGGUAUUUCACUUUUAAAGCAUUAUAGGAAUCUCAUAUAAAGCUGUUGGUAACUUUUAGGCUGCAUUAGAUUAGUUUAAUAAAAGUUUAGCCAUUCAAUCGAAGAAUACUUAGAUAGCUGUUCUAAAGAGUAAAAAGUAUAGGAUAAUUAAGGUGAUACUCUAAGGUUAAUGA